CCUUGCUGCAACAUGUGGCUGGUCAACGCGUUUUUUGAUUUGUGAUCAUUAUACCAUACGAGCCUCAACUCUCAGAUGAUGUCUGCUCUCAACCCCCUAAUGCCGCCAUCGUCUCCAUGAACGUUCGAUUCCCCCUUUGUUCCUCUAUUUUGUUUAUUAUUACUUUUUGGAAGAUUGAUUUUUCUUUGACGAUUUCUCGAUCUUUGAAAGGACGAGAACGGAGCCUGUCAAUAGAUCUGUGCAUUAAUAUAGGUACGCUAUUGUCGCGGUUCGCAUUUGUGGUACUAUUCGGAACUGCAGAAUCAUCCUCAUUGAUCUCUUUCCUAUAUGCAUCGGGGAUACGUUUCGUUCUCUUUCACCGAAUUUGCUCUUUGUCGGGCUUGAUCUCACCUGCUGAAUCCUUCUCGGCGAGAUAACUGCAUGUUGAUGCUCCAACGGCCCUGGGAAGGAACCGGGUAGUCUGUUGGAAGUAUAGACGUUGUGAUAUCGCGGUGCCA